GACCUGACCGACUCGUUUCAAGAUCCCAAGGCGGUGUUAAGUCCGAGUGGACGGUUACAGCUGGCGCUCCAACACGUGGUACCGCUCGGGAAACCAGACUUCAGAUAACUAUUUGGUCUCAUUACAUUAUCUGUAACUCCAUGUUAUUUAAUGAUUUGGGUGAAAGUUCGACUACCAAAAUAUCUUCAGCCCCGGGGAGGAAAUGAACCAAUAGAUUAAAGAGAACCGCGAAAACUGCAAGACGCAGCGCUUCUUCUUUACACUGUAUCCAUGUAUGUUUUUUUUAAGCUAUAGAUUGUUAGGUAAAACAGAUUGAACUUGUGCUGCUGAAAACAUUACGUUUUAGGCCUAUCUGUCGGGUACGGUAAACUUUUGGAAAGCGCUGAAUGUCCCUAAAUGAAAAAAGGCGAAUUCAGGCACUUUCGUUUCAGUUGAGGGGUUAAACCAAAAUAGUUGAGUGUCGAGUUUAUUCCCGAUGAGUAUUACGGAGAAGACUUGAAUAAUAUGAGUGAGAAACAAGCGCUAGAAGACACUAAACCGAGAGAGGAUCAGAGUAACUGGAAGGCGGACUCUGAGAACCAUGUCAAACUGGAGGGGGGCAACGUCGCAAAACCCUGCGAGGACUUGAGCGAGGGGGGCGGUCAUGAAGCGCUGCAACCUACCCGUCUUUACCACCGACGCUGGUUGAUUGUCCUCCUAUUCGCCUCAUAUUCGUUGAGCAACUCUUACCAAUGGAUACAGUACAGCAUUAUCAGCAACAUUUUCAUGAAGUUCUACAACAUCGACACGUUCACCAUAGACUGGAUGUCUAUGAUCUUCAUGCUGACAUACAUUCCUUUAGUCUUCCCGGUGACCUGGCUGCUGGAUAAAAAGGGGCUCCGGGUCAUCGCGCUCGUGGCCACAGCGCUCAACUGUGCGGGGACGUGGAUCAAAGUAGCCAGCGCCAGACCCGACCUGUUCGCCGUGACCUUCUUGGGACAGUUCUGCUCCUCGUUCGCGCAGGUCUUCAUCCUUGGGAUGCCGUCUAGAAUCGCGUCGGUGUGGUUUGGUUCAGGGGAAGUGUCCACGGCCUGCUCCAUCGGAGUCUUCGGGAAUCAGCUGGGUAUUGCCAUCGGGUUCCUUGUGCCUCCUAUCCUGGUGCCUAAUGUGGAAGACGUGAAUGAGCUGGCUCAUCACAUCCGAAUCAUGUUCUACAUAACGGCAGGAGUGGCUACUUUACUCUUCAUCCUUGUUGUCUUUGUUUUCCAGGACCGUCCUAAAAUUCCUCCGACUCAGGCCCAGGCCACAGCUCGUAGCAUCCCGGCAGAGCAGUAUUCCUAUAUAGCCUCCAUCCGAAGGCUGCUGUGCAACAGGUCCUUCAUGCUCCUCGUCAUCACCUAUGGUCUGAACGUUGGUUGUUUUUAUGCUGUCGGGACCCUGCUGAACCGCAUGAUCAUCUCGCAUUACCCUGGAGAAGAAGUGAAUGCUGGGAGGAUUGGCCUUACCAUUGUCAUCGCUGGGAUGGUUGGCUCCCUCAUCUGCGGCGUUUGGUUGGACAGAACAAAAACCUACAAGCAGACCACCUUUGCAGUCUACCUCAUGUCUCUGGUGGGGAUGAUAGUUUAUGCUGCCACACUCAGUCUGGGACACCUCUGGGUGGUUUUCAUCACUGCUGGAGCUCUUGGGUUCUUCAUGACGGGCUACCUCCCACUGGGCUUUGAAUUUGCAGUCGAACUGACGUACCCGGAGUCAGAGGGAACCUCUUCUGGAAUCCUCAACUGCUCGGCACAGGUGUUCGGAAUUAUAUUCACCAUUUGCCAAGGGAAGAUCAUUGAUGAUUACGGCACACUGGCAGGAAACAUCUUCUUGUGCGUCUUUCUCCUAAUAGGCACAAUAAUGACAGCUUUAAUCAAGUCUGAGCUCAAGAGGCAAAACGCUAACCUGCAGGCCAAAGCAACCGCGGAGAGGCACAAGUCAGGACACGACUACGGAGCCACAGCGUUAAUCUCCGAGCUGCAGACUUCUUCUCAAGCCUGAUCAAUAAACUUUUCUGCUUCUACAAAAAAAAAAAAAAAAAUCUCAAAUCUUAGCUCAUCACAAGGGUGCACAAAGGUAGGAGCACAAAGCAAUCACCACACACUGCCACUGAUCAAGAGCACCUGCUGUACACCCUUUCACUGUUACACCUGUUUUACUGUCUCUGUUUGUUUCUGAAGAUCAAAAAAAAAAAUAAAAAUCACACAAUCAUGAAAAUGUGAUUUCUUUUUUCUUUUUCUUUUUUUGGCACAAAGCCUUUUUUUCAUUUUCUGAAACUCUCAAAGUACCUCAGUAGCAAUUCUAUCAAAUUUAGCUAAAGUCACUUAAGGUUAAAUAAGUUAGCUGGGAGUAAUCAUUAACCCCUAUAUGGACUAUAAACCUAUUGAGUUUUUGGCAAUAGCCAUGUGAUUCGGAAAAAACAUCAUCACGUGUGAUUACAGCUCCUUCUAAUUAUUCUAUUUUUGGACAGCUGAUUGGCUCAAGUUCCCCUCAUAAAUGUGAACGGGACAUCCACAUAGAAAUAAAAGAUUAUGACUUAUCACAGUAAUAAAUCAGUAUAGUAUAAUGUGAUUAUACAACUGGUUUGAUUCGCUUUAGCGGCCUCAUGUUUCAGGAGCGCAGCAUGUGAAGCUGUUGCCCUCGGUAUGGGUUUGAAUGGAGUGAAUCACACUGUCAUGCUUGUGGUUUUUCAGCCCAGUACUGACUGAUUUUCCUGUCCUUCUGUUGCCUGUGCUUGCUCACAGUGCUGUCAUCCUGGAUCCCCCUAAUACCAAGUGUGACACCAUAGAUUUCAUUCAGUUUGGCACUCACAGCCUGACUUAAAAUGGACCUUUCUCUAAAUGUCACCACAGUCUUUAACAAUAAGAAAAUGCAAGCGCUAAUUGUGAUGCGCAAAAGUUUGGCUUGCUACUAACUUUGUACUUCAUAACCCACCUUCAGCCGUUCUUCAGUCGAGCUUGUGAAGAUGUUUCACUUGGAGUCUUUUUUUUUUUUUUUACUGAUUCGGAAAUUGCGUCUUUUUUUCCUCCAAGCGUGCUGUGAUCGUGGCAGACAUUCAGGCACUGAUUUUUGUCAUGAUGGUCACAUGUAAAGUUUACUUUGGACUUGUGGGUGAGGCAAACCUUCCUGCACCUUUUUUUUUUUUUUUGCAGUGCUGUGAGGGUUUUCUUUGCCUUUCUGUCCUGCAGACACGUAAUUUUAUCUCAGAAUUUUCUUGAUCUUCCAGUGCAUGAUCUCCACAGUUCCUCUUUUCUGCCAGUGGAAAUUUAAAGCUGGAAGAUCUCUUAUUUAUUUUAGCAGUGCUCAAUCAGUUAGCUUCAUCUUUGACCCCAUGAUUUAGUCGAGUGUCACAACAAGUCCUGGAACGGUUCUUCAUCUUACCUCAUCUGUUAAUUAAGGUUCUAAGCUGUAAUUAUUGAGUUUUUCUUAUUCAUAAGUUUAGGAAUGUUUGAAAAAAUGCUAUUUAACACUCAAAGCAGCACUUCGUUGCGUCAAUCAUGUUAUUACAAUUUUUAAAACCUUUGCAAACAUAUAUUCACUGACAUUUGUUCGGUUCUUGAAGAAAUUAGAACAUGUAGCAAAAUUCUUUCCUUUCACAUUUAACUGGAUCAGUUAUUCAUAAGUUCAUUUAUCAGGGUGUGUAUGAACAUAAGCACAUAAGCUAUCUUUACAACUUUAUACACUGUGAUGUUUAGCUGAGCUUAUGUCAAUCCAUUGUUUUUCAUUACUCCAAAGACUCUUUUGGUGGAAGCUAGCCCAGACAGACUAAAGUCUACAGAGAUAAAAGGCAUUUUAUGUGUUGCAUCCAUGAAACCACUGAUCUUACCCAUCUCUUUUGAUCUAUAGGGUCCUUCCGACUGGCACAAUGGAAGCCCGAAUGCAUCUUCUGUUAUCAUUGAAGCCAAGCUUUAGAUAAAAACAACAACACACACUAACAAGCCUCAAAAAUGACUGUGAUCUUGUUCUUCUUAUACUGUAAAAGAAGCCUUUAGAUAGAAUUCCCUUCUAAGAAGAGCUCGGGUAGAUCUACACAGUGUUGUACAUGAAUGAAUGAAGUCACUAAUCAGAAAUAUUUUUUUAAUAUUUAAAUAUUAAUGUCAUGAGUGGAUCUGCAAGACAAAUCUGAGAAACUUUUGUGCCUCAACAAUUUUAUCUGUGUAGUGCACAGCUGAUUAUGUAUAGAGUGGAAACAAUAUUUUUCAUUGUAUGCAAUAUCUGUGUAAAUACAGUUUGAGAGAUUUAGUAGAAAAUUUAGGGAGAGAUUUUUAAAGAAAUUAGGGAACUGUUUACUUAGAAUUUAGGGAAAGAUUUAGAUUUAAUCCAUAGCUUCUACUGUGAGGGAAGACUAGGAAAAAAAAAGAUGAAUUAUAGUUGUGUUGUUGUAUUUUUGUUACACAUUCAUGUUUAACAUGAAAUAAAAACAUUGCAUAAAGUUCA